AGUGUUUUUGCCAGUUACAUUAGUUACAAUUUACGCGUAGUUGUAGUACCGCCCAUCUUCGAUUGUCAACAUGUCACGGACGGGAACGAAACUUGAUGCGAAAAAAUGUGAACUCUGAGCUGUUUACCCUGACCUACGGUGCACUUGUCGCCCAGCUGCUCAAAGAUUACGAGAACGUGGAAGAUGUUAAUAAACAGUUGGAAAGAAUGGGAUACAACAUGGGGAUCCGGCUGAUAGAGGACUUCCUGGCACGGACUGGGUCCGGUCGAUGUUACGACUUCAGAGAUACGGCAGAGAAGAUCCAGAGCGGGUUUAAAAUAUUCCUCGGUAUAACACCGACUAUCUCAAACUGGAGUCCCGCUGGCGACGAAUUCUCUUUGUGCUUCGAGACGAACCCGUUAACGGAAUUCGUCGAACUACCGGAUAACUGUUCAAAUCUGAAGUAUUGUAAUAUAUUGACCGGUGUACUUAGGGGAGCUUGCGAGAUGGUACAAAUGGAAAUUGCCUGUUGGUUCGUGCAAGAUCAGCUUAAGAACGACAAUGUAACCGAGUUACGUGUGAAGUUUGUCAAGAGGUUGGAAGACGCGAUACCGGCAGGCGAGGAUUGAAUGUAUUGUAUAUUAUUUAAGUGUGUGUACAAACACCUUGUUAUCUGAACUCGUGUAUGAAUGCAAUGAUAAAACGUUUUUUUGUAUUGUAUGUUAGGAUAUAUCGUAAUAAUUAGCUGUGUUAUACUCUUACUCCUUGCAUUCCGCAAAUUUUUAUUUUAAAAUUAUGUAUUAAGGCCUUUAUCGUUACGUCUCUUGCUUCAACGUUGCGUUAACGUUAACAUAAUAAUAGUGGAACAGGCAAUACAAUUCAACUUUGU